UAACGUCAACAGGACUCCUGUAUGGUGCGUGUGCGCAUGUGCAUGUUGAGCGCUGUUUAUGUUGGAGUGUGUAUGUUUGAGUGUGCUCCACCACCUCAACAUACUACGCACUUUACGAACCGACCGCGCGGACACCGAGAUGGCCGCAGCCGCCCCGAAUCCAGAGGACGCCAGCCGAAACAGCGGCGGGCCGAGCACUGCAAGCGCUCUUGCGGGAGACGGAGAGUCUGAGGAGGCCGAGGAGUUUGCCUCCGCGACCCACUGUUCGGAGCUCUCCCGGCGGCAGAACGAGCAGCGGAAGCUCGGGCUCUUCUGUGACGUGACGCUGGCGUUCAGCAGCGCCCCGGGAGCCGCCAACAGCUUCGAAUUCAGCGCCCACCGCUCAGUCUUGGCUGCGGCAACAGAUUAUUUCACACCGCUGCUCGGAGGUCAGUUUUCGGAGUCGGUGACGCGGCGGGUGGAGAUGAAGGAGUGGAGCAGCGAGGCAGGCCUCGACCAGGAGACGGUGGAAAGCGUCAUCCAGUUUAUGUACACGGGCGAAAUACGAGUGAGCACUGCUAACGUGCAUGAGGUUCUGGAGCUAGCGGACCGGUUCUUGCUCGUGCAGUUGAAGGAUUUUUGUGGAGAAUUUCUCAAGAGGAAGCUCAGCCUGGGAAACUGUGUGGCAGUCCAUAGCCUUGCACACAUGUACACUUUGGAUCAGCUGGCCUUACGGGCUGCUGACAUGAUUCGUCGCAACUUCCACAAAGUCAUCCAGGAUGAUGAAUUUUACACGCUUCCGUUCCACCUGGUCAGAGACUGGCUGUCAGAUGCAGAGAUUACAGUUGACUCAGAGGAGGUUUUGUUUGAUGCAGUGGUCAAAUGGGUUCAGAAGAACUCAGAAGAACGGGUAAAGUACUUUGAGGAGCUUUUUCGUCUUCUCAGGCUGCCGCAGAUAAAGCCAACGUACCUUACAAGAGUUGUGAAGAAUGAGCCUUUGGUCGCACAAAACGCAGCCUGCCUACAGCUCGUGUCAGAGGCUGUGGAGGGUCAUGCGAUCCGCUUUGAGAACCUCAAAUCUGCAGAUACAGAGUUCUGGGCCUCAUACAUGGCUACAUUCCAACCAAGAUUUGGCCAGAACAUGGACGUCAUCAUGGUGGUUGGCGGGGUCUCUGAAGGAGGUGACUACCUGAGUGAGUGCGUAGGUUACUUCGUAUACGAAGACCGUUGGGUCAAUUUGCCACACAUCCAUAACCAUCUGGAUGGUCACGCUAUUGCAGCCACUGAUACGCAUGUAUACGUAGCUGGAUCCAUGGAACCAGGAUUUGCCAAGACAGUGGAGCGCUACAAUCCAAAUCGCAACACCUGGGAACAAGUGAGCAACCUCACCACACGCAAGCAUUCCUUUGGCCUCACUUGUAUCAAAAAUAUUCUGUAUAGUAUUGGUGGUCAUGGCAACUUCAGCCCUGGCUUUAAGGAUGUGAGUGUUUACGAACCUGACCAAGACAAGUGGCACAACCUAGAAUCUGCCCCUAAGAUUUUGAGAGAUGUCAAGGCCAUUAGUGUCGAAGAUCGAUACGUUUAUGUCACAGCACGAACGCCCAUAGAUACUGACAGCGAUGAUGGGUUGAAGACGGUGACUACUCGCUACGACACCGACAGUCGGCAAUGGCAAGAAGUUGACUCUUUACCGCUUAUCGACAACUACUGCUUGUUCCAAAUGGCUGUAGCGUCGACUAACUUCUACCACACGGCUUCUUGCUGUCCUAAGAGUUACACCAACGUGCGUGACGAUGUAGCUCGACAGAAGAUCAGCGCUAGGAUAUCUGAUGAUAUUCUUGAAAGCCUUCCCCCAGAGGUUACUAGUAUUGAGGGUGCUGCUAUCUGCUAUCUUGGCGAUGAUGUGUUUGUGAUCGGUGGCUGGAAGAACAGUGAUGAUGUGGAUAAGCAGUAUCGCAAGGAAGCAUACCGUUAUUGUGCCGAACGCAAGCGCUGGAUGCUUCUGCCGCCCAUGCCUCAGCCACGCUGCCGUGCCACAGCAUGUCACGUUCGCAUUCCCUACCGCUUUCUAUAUGGUUGUCAGCGUUACCCAAUGCCACAGAAUUUGGCACGCCAGAGGGACCGUAUGCAGCAAAUGCAACAGUUACAUCGUCGCACGUUAACUCUACGCAGGCAGUUACAAUCACAGAUUGAAUGCUGAGAGUCCUUGUUGCUCAGAAAAACUGCUACAAAAAUCAUGAAAAUAGUGUCUUCAGCAUUCCCAUGAUCCCAUUCUUAAGAUGUGUAUUAUUUGUUUACUUGUGACAUUUCAUCACUGGGAGAGUGAGUGAAAUGGCUGAAGCUAGUAAAGAGAGUAUUUUCAAGCUGACUUUGUAUAAUGGAAUCAUAUAAAUAUGUAAAAAAGAUAAGUUUGUAAAUAUCUGUACACAUGAAACUUUGUUUCAUGGCCUUGCAUGAAUUUGCCUUAUUCCUGCUUUCGGCAAGUUGCAGAAUGCUGCACAUUGUUAAUUUAUCUAGAGUCAUAACAUUCCAUGUGGUGGUGGUUGCCCUGCUACAUUUGUGGGUUUUCAGGUUGUUUGUUUUGCAGGGAGUGACGUGUUCAACCAUUUUUGAACAAACCGUUAAUAAGAACCACUGCAUCUUCAUUCCCUUCACUUGUUAAUUGCUUAUUCCUGGUCUUAAUUGUGAUUUUAUUUGUUUUGCACUUAAAUACAAUUCUUUCACAGUCUUUGUUUAUAUGUUCAUAAAUGCAUUCUUCACAACUACAAGCACUUAAUUCCAGCAUUAGCGCUUGUCUUAAUCUUUAAUCUUAGUGUUUUAUAUUGAUUUAUAUUUGUUCUUUUUCAACUUUUAAGCACAGGGAAUAAAGACAGUUAUGGCAUCAGUUAUUGACACAUGAAGGCUACACCUAAAAAAAAAAUCUGAAUAUAGUCAAUGAUUCAUUACCUCAAGGGCAGGACCUUGCAAACUGUUACUUAAAAAUAAUUUUUUAUUGGUGUUAUGCCAGUUUGAGAUCUCUCACUGUCCUUGUUUUAUUUUUUUCGUUCAUACAUGGUUUUUAGCCACGUCAUAGACAUCAGCUUGUGUUCUGUCAUGCGAUGCCUGUCAAGAAUUAUGUUAACAUUACCUAUCAGUCAACUGUAGUUGUCCAUUCCAGUUUUAAUAAGGCACCUACUGAUGGUACCCGUGCUGCAUCAUAGUCUUUGUUAUAUAUAUAUAUAAUGCUAUUUAUAAUCAAUUUUUUAAUUUUUCAUCUUUCAUCUACAUUCCCUCUUUGUAUCUCCUCAGAGUCUUCUUUCCUGUCUUUUGCAAUGUUUGAUGUCUUUUAUUACAAGAAAUCUCAGUGCACUUCACUUAGGUGAAAACAUUGGCACCAUUAAGACCAGAAAACAUUUCACAAUGUUCGCCUAAAGAACAUUUAGCCAUUGCUACAAUCCAUACCAAAGUCUUAUGUCAUCUUAGCUGAACUAAUGUUACGCUUCGAUGUUAAAAUCUCUUCUAAAUGCAAGAUAGAAAUGGCUUUGACAAUUGUAUCUAUAGCUCUCGUCUUGACUUGUGCAGAGUUUCAUAGUUAUUUCAUACGGGGGGAUAGCCAGUGAGACAUCCAGUGAACAUACAUUAAUAAGCCUUUUUCAAACAUUUUCCUGCGUAUUGGAGACUCUGUAGAAUCUUAGAUAUUGUAUUUACUCGAUGGGAAAUGUAAGUUUUGUGUCUCUCAUGUUGAGAUGUGGUUUAAUAGUGUUUAAGCUCUAUAUCAGUUUCUUUCCUUCUUGCACAGAGGAAAUGAGUGUGUGUGUAUGUAUGUAUGUAUGUGUGUCAAAGGCGAAAGUGUCUGACAAUAAGAGUAGCAAGGUUACUUAUGUUACCUUGUCCUGCUCUUGUUGUAAAGUCUGUUAAGGGCGAAUAUAGUUCUUUGCAUGUGAUAUCAAGUAUGCACAUGUUGUGGAUCUCAGUGAUUUGCAAUAAAUAUUUAUUAAAAAUCU